AUCUGGGAUUACAUACUAAUCAAGCUUGUUUUACUCUGUUUCACCAUUCUAAUCUGCUUUAAUCCUCUUCUUUUUUUUUUUUUUGCCCCAUUUGAACUUGUUUCAGCCCAUUUCUUCAGUAGUCACUUCACUAUUAAAAAUGGUGACACUGAAACACGAUAGCCAUGACCACGAACUUGAUCUGACCGAGGUGGAUGCAUAUAUGGUAGGCAAAGGCAAGUGUGGUGUUUGCCGAAUGCCUAUUGCUGAAGCCUCUUCAAUAUACAAAUGCCUUAAACAAGAUUGUCCCAAUGAUUCAUUAUCAAUAUUUUUCUUUCUCCACAAAACCUGUGCAGAAUUACCGAAACAAAUCAAACACGCCCACCACCCACAACACUCCCUUAUUCUUGCCCGUGGAUUUAAUCAUGAAGUUUGGCAGCUUUUAAAAGGGGCUUAUCCACAACUCAGGGCUUGUAGGCUUUGUUUCCGCAAUAUAAAUGAGCAAAUGUGGGUUUACAUGUGUGAGGUUUGUUGUCAAACGUAUACCUCACCAUUUAAACCUUAUACAAGCAGAGUUUGGUAUGAGUUUGGUUUGUGCAUAAGCUGUGCUAAAAUGGAACCAGUUCUUUAUCAUCAAGGACAUCCAAAUCACACUUUGACCUUACUGCGGAGGCCAAUCUCAGUAAUCUGCAGUGCAUGUGGAAUUUGGGAGACUAGUGAGGUAUGUUAUACAUGCCUCCCGUGUCAAUUUUGGAUUCAUAGCAGUUGUGCUGCUUCACCGCCCACAAUUAGGCUCCGAGUUCACCAAGACGACACUCUGCACCUCAUUUAUUCCAUUCCUGACAAGUACCGAGGCUUCAGCAAGCAUUGCCAAAUCUGUAAAGACGAAGUUAGGACAGAUAAGUGGGCUUAUUUUUGUGAAGACUCUGGGUAUUUCGUCCACAUGAAAUGUGCCACAACAUUUUUAGCGUCUGGAGAAGAAACGAUUAAAUUUGAGGAGGUGGAGGAGGACCAUGCACAGACACAUCCUAAUCUUCUGCAAUUUCCAUUGUCCAGCACCGAUUGUUUAAUCACGAAUCUCAUAGGCAAGCCAUUCAACCAAACCAACCUAACAACAGAACCUCUAAUUAAGCAUUGGAGUCAUGACCACCCACUAAUUCUCAACAACGAAGUUAAAUUCAAGGAUGAUGAUAGUGAUGAUGAUGAUGAUUAUGAUGAGAGGUACUUUUAUAACGAGAUUUUGCAAUGCAAUGCAUGCACUACAUCAAUCUCUAACGAACACAAAUACUAUGCUUGCAUCCUCUGCAACUAUUUCCUCCACACAUUCUGCGCCAAAUAUUUGCCUCACGAGUUUCCUGCAGGAAAAUGUGAGCAAGACCCUAAUCACUCACUCAACCUCUCUUACUCGAGUUUCUUAGGCCCUAUAUCUGUCACCUACUGCCAAUCUUGCCGUUAUGCAACCAACGGAUUCCGCUAUACCUGCAACACUUGUUCUGAAAUUACUGAUCUCCUCUGCUGCUUGUCACCCGAAAAAAUCAAACACGAUUUUCACAAACACGCCCUUGUCAAGCAUCUGAAUUCUGAUGUAUAUGCCUUCAACAUUGCAUGCAGUUUAUGUUCAGACGCCAUAUUAUUCGGCUACUACUACAGAUGCCAGACAUGCAGCAAUGUGCAGAUCCACCAGCACUGCGCAAUGUUAUAUUCAAAAACCAUUAGGCACCGAUUCGACUCCCACUCGAUCACACUGAUCUAUCCUCCCAUCUACUACAAGGGCCUUAAAUACUGCGAGAUUUGUGAGAUGCAGGUGAACCCUGAAGCUUUUUUGUAUUUGUGUCGCCAGUGCGACCAAUGUUUUCAUCCCAAGUGUACUCGGCCAUCGCAGAUUGUGAAGCUACGAGGUAAAGUACUUGUUGGUGGAGUUCAUGCACAUGAAUUGACAUUAGUGGCAAUAGACAAAGAUGUGUACCCUCAGCGUAUUCAUAAAGCUCUCACCUGUAGUCAAGGACAUGAGAGUGAACCUGUGGGCAUGUUCUUACAAUGUGCUCGUUGUAAUUAUCUGUUGUGUAGAAUUUGUUUAAUAGCUCUUUGGAAGGCUAUUCUCAAAGAGCUAGAAAAUGAAGAUUAAGCAUAUGAAAAGGGCAUUCAAGUUCUUGCUGAUCAUACAUUUUUGUAUUGUCUUGAAAUUAUUGUGGUGUGAUUACAAUAAAGAUCGAUAUAUUUAGUUUAUACCGGUUGUGAACUAAAUUAUACUUCCACCGUCCCAAAUUAACUGUCGUCCCAAAUCAAGAUCCAUAAUUUUUUUAGAUCUUUAGCCAUUUCCACUGGAAACCAAAAGCCAAACUUAAGCCAAACUACUCAAACUGAAUCUCAGGCCAUCAACUUUGAAACGCAGAACCCGAAACAUAAAUCAACACCAACCUGCGGAAACUGAAUGACUCCUGAACAGAUGUUAACGCAAAUAAGAGAACUAUACUAAUGAAGG